UGCGCCAUCCCUCCUUUGUCUGCUGACGAGAGGCACCGGCCGGGAUCACCGCUCCGCUGGCUGUUCAUAUUUUCCUUGCCUAAAUUACCUUUAAGCAAAGAAAUAAGCUAGAUCCACAGAGUUUGAUUCGACAAACCAGUUGCGAGGGAGGUUUGAGUCAAGCGACUGCAGGAAAAAAAACAACAAAAAAAAACAAGCAACCGUGAGUCCGCCAUAGUCGAGCCUUGGCAAAGAAAGAAAAUCAAAAUGGAAGACACUAAGUAUCUCCCGGAGCUGCUGGCUGAGAAGGACAGCCUGGAUUCAUCGUUCACACACGCCAUGAAACUCAUCACCGCAGAGAUCGAGAGGAUCCAGAAAGGUGAGCCCAAGAAAGGAGUGGAUAAGGAGACUUACCUGGACCUGUUUGCCACCAAAAGUAUGAAAUUGAAGGAGCGGGUUCUCAUUCCAACCAAGCAGUACCCGAGGGUGAACUUUGUCGGAAAGCUUCUGGGGCCCCAGGGGAGCACGAUCAAGAGGCUCCAGGAGGAAACGGGGGCAAAGAUCUCGGUUUUGGGAAAAGGCUCCAUGAGAGACAAGAACAAGGAGGAAGAACUGAGGAAGGGUGGCGAGUCAAAAUACGCUCACCUGGCCAUGGAGCUGCACGUGUUCAUCGAGGUUACGGCGCCCAUUCCAGAGGCUUAUCUGCGUAUGGCUCAUGCCAUGGAUGAAGUCAAGAAGUUCCUGAUCCCGGAGCCCGGCGAGCACGACCCCUACAUGGACCCUCAGUUCCUGAACGGGUCCCAGGACGGUUCCGGAAGAGGCCGGGGUGGUCUUGGAAGGGGCCGAGGUGGACCCCCUGGUGCAGGAGGACCAAGGGGGCGAGGGAUGCCACGGGGAACACUAAGGGGAGCUAUGCGUGGAGGAGCACCUCGUGGGGGACCAACACGCGGCAGCGCACCCAGAGGGGCCCCGACUGGUAGAGGAGGUCUAGCCUCUGCUCCUUCCAGGGGGGGAGCCUCUACUCGCUCCAGGCCACCUUCCUCUGGUGCUCCGAGGAUGCUCCCCUCCUCAGCCAUGUCCCACCAAGGGGGUCCUUCAGGCUCCCAGCCCAAACCUGAUGCUUAUGAUGAAUAUGGUUCAUAUGAGGAGCCUUAUGCAGAAUCUGCCUAUGAGGGAUAUGAUAGCUAUUACAGUCAGCAGCCUGCUCCAGCGGAUACUGAGUACUAUGAUUACGGCCACGGUGAAGCCCAGGAGCCAUCAUACGAGGGUUACGGUCAGGGCGACUGGGACAACUCGUGGUCCAGCUCCGGGGCUGGAGGCAAAGCUCCCCCCACGCGGCAGACGAAGGGCUCAUACAGGGAGCAUCCAUACGGCAGAUACUGAUCAACUACCGGUAGAGAGUUGCCGCGGCAACUGUCUCCGAUUUGUAACAGGCUUAACUUUUCAAAAAGUAAUUUCCCCUCUCGUUUGUUCCCCCCCCCUUUUUUACGGUUUGUUUUAGUUCUAUUUUUUUUUAAAACUUUAAAGACAUUUGGUUGGAUGUAUUAGUGCCAGACGAAACACAAGAGCAGAGGGGUUAUUUUUUUUCAUUGUUUUAUCUGUUUCCAUUUAAUGUUUCAGUUGCGUUGUAAAGAAUAGGUCACUUAAACUUAACAGAUGGGUAAAAAGGUGACACUUUAGUGUAUUUGAUGGCUAUUUCAAUUACUGGUUAACUGUGAUUGUGGCGAUUCAACUCUACCGUAUAGGCUGCAUUCUCAAAAGUCCUUCAUGACUGGACAAUAAUUGCUCUUAAUGCUUCAGUAUAAGUUUAUACGUAUGCCUAAAACAAAUUUAAACACAGCCGUAAGAUAUUCUGAUCAACAUCAAACACCUCAUAUUUGUAUUCACCGUUGCAAAUCGAAUUUUCACCUAAAAUAUUGUAGAAAUCCAUAUUUCUGCCACCUUUACAAUUGGUAUGUUAAGCCGUUCUGUAACGGGCAAAACUUAAUCCUGAUCUAAUUUUAUUUUUUUGUUAAGUUUGAAGGAUCUAAGAAAGGCUGCAGCCACAUCAAUAUUUUGUACAUAACCUUAGGAUAACUGUGUAUGCUUUAAGUCGUGCCGUCUCCAAAAUGCUUAAUGCUUGUGUACCUUUUUGACUAAAUAGUUAUACUAAACAUAUCCCAAAAUGUUUUUCUGCAGUUCGUGUUUCAAUAAAGUUUCUAGUUUCAUUUUAAUCAAUCUAAACUUGGUAUUUUUGCCUUUAUUGUACCAACGGGUUGCCUUCACUUUGUGAAACUGGUCCUCGAUGGCUCCCCAAUGCUGAUUUAAGCUUGUAUGUAUACACGCCAGCCUGACGUGAAUUUGAUAAUUACAUAUAUUAAAAAAAAGACAAGCAGUGUUAUUUUUUAUUUUAUUUUUUUGCCGGAUGAGCUCACCCUUUUCGUCUUGUUUCUCCCAAACUAGAUGACACUUGUAAUGCCACCUUCAAAAGAAAAAAAAAACGCAAAAUAAAGCUCAUUCCUGAGAUUA